UUUCUCCCUCGUCGCAGGCAGUAACUUCGGGCCUGGCCGGGGGGAUGGAGGCGGCGGCCAACUGCUCCCUGCGCGUGAAGCGGCUGCUCUUGGACCCCAAGUUCGAGGGCUACAAGCUCUCCCUGGAGCCGCUGGCCUGCUACCAGCUGGGGCUGGACUCGGCUGUAGCAGAAGUGAAACUUCGAGAUGAUCAGUAUACCCUGGACCACAUGCGUGCCUUUGGCAUGUAUAAUUACCUACAUCUUGAUUCUUGGUACCAGGAUAAUGUCUACUAUGUUGAUCAACUUGGAAGGGUUAUGAAUUUAUCAGUGACUCUGGACACUGCCUUUCGAAAGCCGAGAGAAGUAUUCAGGCUACCUUCAGACGUGACCGCUUGUGAUAAUCGCCUUUGUGCAUCAAUACACUUUUCAUCUUCUACCUGGGUUACCAUUUCAGAUGGAACAGGAAGUUUGUUUCUUAUUAAAACGGGCAAACGUGGAGAUGCUGCAUCUGAAAAGUGGGAGAUUAUGUUUAAUGAAGAACUUGGGAGUCCCUUUGUUAUAGCCCACAGUGUUUCCUUUGUAAAGUCAGAUGUGCAUUCAGUAGCUGGGCUUCUGCUUCGAGUAGAAAAAGAUGAACUGGAUGCAAAAGGAAGUGGCUUCCAUGUGUCCUUGGAAUGGGUUACAAUCACAGAAGUAGACCAAGAGGAUAAUCAAAGAUAUGAAAUCUUCAAGCGCAGAGUACUCCAAGGAAAGUCAGUCCCUCAUUAUGCAGCUAUAGAGCCAGAUGGGGAUGGUCUAAUGAUUGUCUCCUACAAACCCUUCAGAUUUAUGCAGGAUGAGGAGAAUCAACUUGAAAAAAAGGAAGAUGGGAAAAUAGCAGAUAAAAAGAAAGACCCUGUCUAUUACUGGCAACAGACUGAAGAUGAUUUGACAGUAACAAUUCAUCUUCCACAAGACAUCACUAAAGAUGACAUACAAGUACAGUUUUCUCCUGAUCAUAUCAUUGUAGCAUUGAAAAGUCAGCCUCCUUUGGUGGAAGGAAAACUCUGUUCAUCUAUUGACCAUGAAAGCUGCACAUGGAUAAUUAGAGAUAAUAGUUUGGAGAUUUCUCUAAUUAAGAAGGAUGAAGGACCCAUGUGGCCAGAGCUUAUAGUAGGUGACGCACGAGGAGAAUUCAUCAUGGACUCUUCCCAGUGUUCUGCAGUAGCUGAACGUCUGAUGCAUCUUACCUCUGAAGAAAUGAAUCCAAACCCUGACAAAGAAAACCCUCCUUGUAAUGCACAGGAAUUGGAGGAAUGUGAUAUUUUUCUUGAAGACAGCACAAGCUUAUGCAGAUUUGAUGGUAACACCUUGAAAAUCACUCAUGUGGUAAAUCUUGGAAGCAACCAGUAUCUCUUCUCAGCAGUGGUGGAUCCCAAAGAAAUGCCUUGCUUCUGUUUGCGGCAUGAUAUUGAUGCUCUUCUCUGGCAGCCACGCUCUGACCAACCGGACAAUAUGUGGGAGCACAUUGCAACUUUCAAUGCUUUAGGUUAUGUCCAAGCAUCAAAGGAAGACAAGAAAUUCACCGCUUGUCCUCCAAAUUAUUCCUAUGCUGCUAUUUGUGAGUGCCUGCGUCGAGUGUUCAUCUAUCGACAGCCCACUCCUCUGUCCACUGUUCUCUACAACAGGAAGGAGGGAAGACAAGUAGGGCAGGUUGCUAAGCAGCUGGUAGCAACCCUGGAAGCCAGUGAUCCUAUCUUGGGCUUUCAAGCUACAAAUGAGAGAUUAUUUGUUCUCACAACAAAAUCCUUGUUUUUAAUAAAGGUAAACACUGAAAAUUAA